CUCACAAUGACGACGAUGACGCCCGCCACUGCUAAUCAAGACGAAGAGGACGACGGACGACGCAGAGGAGAUGACGCUGCUCCUAGGGACACAUUGCGCACUGUAUGCAUUUCCGGCAGAGGACACAGAUUAGGGCUCCGAGUCCUACUCAAUCUAGUCUAUAAUUUUUGAAGGUCCUCGCAGCGUAUGAGGGGACUUAGCGUAUCGACUCGUCUUCACCCAGUGCUAGAGCAUGAGUUGUGAGCGGAGCUCGAAAUAGCCGAAUCAGAAGCCGCGCCAUGACAGCGGGCUCACUUCAACUUGUCCUCCAACACCCAUCACCGUCGGGUGGCGCGCUUGGCCUCCUGUUCCGUCUCGGCGGUAUCUCUAAUCUAGUAUGCAUCGAUUUCCGUGACAAACCACCCAUUUCCAUAGUCUCUGUGUCUGGUACGAGGCGCUCGUCGUCUGCAAAUUUGCCACAGUCGCCUUUCGCGGAUUAGAGACAUGCUGCAUAUUACUCAACAGACUUCUCACUUCUGAUGAUCAUCAGACAUUCCAUCAAUAUCUUAUACUUAUCAACCAAGUUUGAGACGAUUCUGGUCAUCCUUGAAUGACGGUAUCGCGUAGACAUGGGCCCAAUGAAUCAAAAGCUAGGAGCAGAGGAAGGCUUUGUCUACCGGCCAGUAAAAUAAUUCCCAUUCUGAUGAGAUACAUGCACGAAUGAAGUUGCUUAGACCUCUU